AAUUUCUUGCAUGUAAUCGCCAGUUUACUAAUAUGAUUUGUUUAGUUGCAUAUGCAUCAAUUGAUUGGCAUGAUUUUGUUAUUGUGGAAACUGUCGAAUUUACUGAAGCUGACGAAACAAUUGAUCUCCCUCCACCUAUGAGUAUCAUUGAACUGGAAAACAUGACUCUUGCCCAAAAGAAGAUGGCAUCAGUCAAUAUUGUUGAAACCCAUGAAGAUAAAGCAGCCGAGAUUGAUAUGGAGAUGGACGAGGAUGUUGAUAUGGAAGACGAUGAGGAUGAGCAAGCAGCGGCGGAUGAUGAUGAACAGGAUCAAGAGUCGGCUCCUGUUGUAACCGAAAUCAAACCUCCAGAUACGUCUGCUCCUAUGAAAAUUGUUAAAGAUUAUACUCCCAAAGCUUAUGCACCUAAAACCACCACCGAGAGACAAACAUCCAUAUGUCCAAGAUGUAAACAAGCGAUUCCUGUGGACGAAAUGGCAAAUCAUGUCCGUAUAGAACUGUUAGAUCCUAAGUGGAAAGAACAAAAGAUGGCGGCAGAUGCAAAGAAGAAAGAAUCAAACUUGUUACAAGAAGGAACGGAUGUUGCCAAAAUUCUCAAGACAUUUUCCGGUUAUCGUUCUGAUAUUUUUGGAAAUGAGGAAACUGAAAUCGGUCGAAAAGUAAGUUUAUUAUAUUUUUAA